UGCAGCAGGCAGUGCUGUUGGGUCGUGCAGGGAGCGCAGGGCGCACGGUGCGGCGCUGCCUCUCCCUAUCGUCGGACAGGCGAACGGAGCAGACUGGGCCGACCCGGCCGCCUCUCGCCGCAUCCACCCACCGACGCGAGCCGACGAGGGGGGUGGUCGAACGCGGGAGGAGAGGGGGCUGUCUGAUGGGACCUGUGGCGAGCCCGCGGACCACUGACGCUACUCCCUCCUUCUGCGACUGAGCGCGAGUGGAGGUUCGUCCGCAGUACAGGAGCCGACAGAGCCGUUGGACGCCUAAUGGGAUUGGUCAACUGGCGCGGGUUGUGUGCGGAUUACAGCACCUUCCCGGCAGCCUGUCGGAGAGCACGCUGCAUGGUCGUGUUCGGCUGACGGAUCGAGGAGAGAUGUCAAAUAUCAUCAUCGACCGAUGAGCCAUCCGGAGCCGAGUUUCGUCCUGGGAACUACUGCAACACCAGACCCGCUGGUUCAGGCUGCACUUGGCUCACGUUUGAGAUGGUCAGUCACGCCCUCCCUCUCCCGGAUCGUUUCUGUGAAUUGUCGGCCGCACAAAGGUGAAGGAUCUCAGCUCGGCUGGUAAAUAAAGCCUUCUUCCUUCUGCACAGCGUGGGAGAAAGUGCCACAGUGGUGCUGGUGUGGCUUCUCUGUGGCCUGAUAACUGGAGUGAAAGCAGUGCCGAGCGAUCGUCUUUCACUCUUGAGUCACUCACCUUUCAUGCUGUGGCCCUGGAGCCGGCUUUCCAGGUUGGACAGUCAGUGGGAACGCAGAGAGACGAUCAACGGGGCUGCACAGUGCACUGGUGUAAAGCAUCUUUCACGAGACCAGAGAGGCAUACACCAGGGAAAAGUCAUGAUAUUGUUUGAAUGACCUUCGUACAGGAUUAAGACACGUCUUCGUUUUCAUUGGUGCCCAUUGGGGCUGUUUGCUGGAAAAGGGGAGAGCUGGUGCUGAUUCCUCUGCUUUAUGAGUUUUCACCACUGGGAGUGUGUCUCUGAGAGGCAGGGGGAGCCAGCAUGGCCAAGGCUCUGCUGAAGAUACAGCGCUAUUUCCGCAGGAAACCUGUCCGAUUCUUUUCCCUCAUCCUCCUCUACCUGACCGCCGGGAGCCUCGUCUUCCUGCACUCUGGCUUUGUAGGGGACAGCGGCCCUGUAGGCCGAGGGAGCCGGGACUCUGUGGCAGUCGUAGAGACGGGCAGCCGGACUUCGUCGUCAGACAGCCGGAGGCUUGGCAUCAUGGGUAGAGUGUUUAAAGAGACACGCAAGUCCAGCCGGAGGUAUGGCCCUCCCUGGAUGAAAAAGACGGGACGUGAGGGCCGAGAGAAAGCGGUCAGAGGGGGAGACUACACCAGCAACUGGAACCGGGCACUUAAAGGACGCAAUGCCAAAGACAUGGACGACGGAAGAGCAAAGUACAUUGGCUGCUACAUUGAUGACACACAGAAAAGGGCACUGAGAGGAGUUUCCUUUUUUGACUACAAAAAAAUGACUGUAUUCCGUUGCCAGGACAACUGUGCAGAAAGGGGUUACAUGUACGCAGGCCUGGAGUUUGGUGCUGAGUGCUACUGUGGUCACAAGAUCCAGGCGCCCAACGCCUCAGAGAGCGAAUGCAACAUGGAUUGCAAAGGAGAGAAGAGCAACCUGUGCGGCGGAGCCAACAGACUGUCCAUCUAUAGGCUGGAGCUGAGCCAGGAGUCAGCGCGCCGCUAUGGCAGCGCCAUUUUCAAGGGGUGUUUCCACCGGCCGGACAAUGUCACAUUGGCACUUCCUUUCAGCACAGUCAUCCAAAACAUGUCUGUGGACAAGUGUGUCGACAUGUGCACAGAAAGGGAGAAAUCGCUCGCCGUCCUGGCAGGAGAUCGAUGUCACUGUGGCUUCCCGACACCCCUUUUCUCCCUCCAUGAGCCGGAGGACGAGGACAUGUGUCUGCACCACUGUCACGGGGAAGAGUUUGAGAGCUGUGGGAAUGACGACUACUUUGUCGUGUACCAGACGCAGGUUCAGGAUAAUCGUUGCAUGGACCGCCACUUCCUCCCAUCUCGUGCUAAGCAGCUGGUGGCCCUCGCCAGUUUCCCCGGAGCCGGGAACACCUGGGCCCGCCACCUCAUAGAGCUCGCCACGGGCUUCUACACCGGCAGCUAUUACUUCGAUGGCUCCCUUUACAAUAAAGGGUUUAAAGGGGAGCGGGACCACUGGCGGAGCGGGAGGACAAUGUGCAUUAAAACACACGAGAGCGGCAAGAAAGAGAUUGAAGCCUUUGACUCCAGCAUCGUCAUGAUCCGAAACCCCUACAAAGCCCUCAUGGCGGAAUUUAACAGAAAAUAUGGCGGCCACAUUGGGUUUGCCUCCCAGGCCCACUGGAGAGGGAAAGAGUGGCCCGAGUUUGUGAAGAACUAUGCCCCUUGGUGGGCGUCCCACACGUUGGACUGGUUGAAUUAUGGGAAGAGCGUCCACGUGGUCCACUUUGAGGAGCUGAAGAGGGACCUGUUCUCCAAGCUCAAGGGAAUGGUCCAGUUUCUGGGUUUGAAGGUUUCUGAGGACCGGCUGCUCUGCGUUGAGGGCCAGAAAGAUGGAAACUUCAAGCGCUCCGGGCUGCGGAAACUUGAAUAUGACCCGUAUACAAGUGAAAUGCGAGCGGACAUCAAUGAGCUGAUCAGAACAGUGAAUGCUGCCUUGAAGAAAAGGAACAUGUCUGGAGUGCCAGAGGAAUAUAUGCCAAGAUGAUAUAUGUGAUCCCCUCAUUUCCCUUUUUGCUCACUUAUUGGACUGUUCCGCCCACAGGCUGUAGGUUACAUGACUCAAGUAGUUGUUUUGAUUAUUUUUCUGUCUUAUAGUUUUAAGUUGUAGUUAGAAGAAAUCAGUGUCUUUACCCUCCUAUUUUCCCUUUUCAUUUAUCCUUUUUUUAUGUUCUAAACCUCCGCAGCUUCACAAAUUAAUACUAGACACGGUUUAAACUUUGUUGAGGUUUGUUUUUCUCGUUGGCUAAAUGAAAAGAACAAAAAGCACUUCCUCUCCUCCUCUAUGCACAUUUGCCGUGUAGGCAUGUGAACAUGCCUUAAUAUUAAGAAGGUACAACUCUAACUACAAAAAUCUGACUGUGCUGGGUGUUUUGUUGCCAGUUAAAAAAAAACAUUUGACUCAAAAGAUUUAUUACAUUACUGCAAAGCCUUGUUGUAUGAGCUUAUUUUGUGCAAAAGAGAAAUAUGUAUUAUGAAAAAUCAAAACGUUCCCGCUGCUAUCACAGUUACAGAAUAAUACUAUUUUAUACAUGAACUUCACUGAAAACGUCAAAACUUUUAGCCCUUUGUUGGGGGGGGGGGGAAACAGCAAUAUUUAGGCUUUAAUUACCUGAUGAUGAGGAUACUGUGUGUUUCCAAGCUUUUGUAAGUUAUUUGACUCAGUGUAUGAAAGAGAAAUCAUGCUUUUGAUGAUGAAGAGGUAAAGAACUCAAUUCUCAGCUCCUCCUAUUCAAGAAGAAGAAUUAUCUCUCUUGUAGACACUGACUCAAAGAGAGAAGAGGACUUAUCAUUACAGCAUUUAUUUAUCUCUGGUGUGCAGCGCACAUGUUGACUAAUUUGGUUGUAAAUAUUUUUCUUGACACUGGACUUGAUGCAGAAAUCCAAAAAGCACUGCUGUGCAAUACCCCAAAGACCACCGAGGAAUUAGGCACUACAGGCAUGUUAUAUAGUGGAGGUUCUCAUUAGUAGUAGUGAUUGUUAUAGUUCUAUUUUAGUUAAUCAUACUGAACGUAAGAAAUAUUCUUUUUCUUUUUUUCUAAUGUAAGAAGAGCUAUGAAACAGUUAAAGCUAUUAAAAUGCUGAAAAAGUCUGCCCAGAUUAUAUAGGCAGCACAUGGUACUCAAAUGAGCUAUGCCAUAUUCAUAAAAAUAAACAAUCAAAUAAAUAAAUACGUAAAUAUACUGAAUAUAUAUAUGAAACAUAUAAUAUAUGAAGCACUACAGACAGACAGAAAACAUUAACUGACUUCCAUUUUCAAUAUAAUAUGAAUAUAUUUUUAUAGUGUGUGCUGGGACAUCAGUAUAUUUGUAUUGCAACAAACAAAGUGGGAGUUGUUUCUAUUUUUAACACAUGCUUAAACUGUAUUUGCAUUCACUUUCAUUGACAAGCGGACACUUUGUGAACACAGGUGUCACAUUUGAAUGUAUUUUCUAUGGAAUGAAUGUAAUGUGAUAAGCCCCAAUAAAUGAGUACAUUAA